AUGCCCCCUUCCACUUCAGUAAUGUUUGAAAGUUCAAACAAUUUAUUCGAUCAAUCUACUUUCAACAACAGUGAACAUAAAACUAAUGAAAUUAUUGAACACAUUUUACCAUUUGAAAAUGACUAUUCUAAUCUAGAAGGCACUACUUUCAAUGAAGUUGCUACCUUUGAAGAUAUGUUAGAAUAUUCAUUUUCUUCCAGUAAUUAUAAUUUCAAUACAAAUGUUGAUAAUCCAUUAAUUAAUGAUUAUUCGUUCACGACAGUUGUUCCAAACAUAAUCAAUGCUGAAAAAGAUUUAAAAAAUGUGUCACCUGUUUUCAAAGAUACAACAGCAACACAACUCACGAAUGGCACUAGAACUACUAGAAAGGUGAGUGGAACUGUCACUCCCAAUAGUCCCGAUAACCUUUCACCACUUUUUGAAAGGCUUCAUAGCGAUGAAGAAUAUAUCUCUGAAGCUGAUAUAUUACAUAUCUAUAAAGAAUCUCUUAAGGAUAUCCCUGUUGUUGCUCCUGAAGUUAAUAAUAAUAAUAAUAAAAAUUAUACUUUUAAAAUAAACUAUAGUGAUGAUACUGAUAUGGACUUGGAUCUAGAUUAUAUUCCUACUACAUCUUCAUCAUCUGAAGGUUCAAGUGCUAUGUCUUAUAGAUUCCAAACCUAUCCUACUAAGAAGACUAACCUCAAAGAUAAAGUUAAAGAGAUAAAAACAACAACUACUCCUACUAUAGUAGGAGAUCUCAUGGAAAUUGAAAAGAAGGAACCUUCAAUUGAGAUAGUUUUUAAACAAGCCAAACCUGUUAAAUGUGGUAAAUGCACCAAAUGGUUUCAAAGUAAACAUCAUCGUGACAGACAUAAUACAUCUGUUCAUUUAAAUGAAAGGAAUUUUUCUUGUACUGUAUGCGAGAAGAAAUUUAAAAGAUUUGAGCAUUUACAAGUUCAUUUUAAGAGUAUUCACCAAAUGAUAGUAAAACGUUGUAGAAAGGAAAAGACACUGAUAGAGGUCAAAACUAAUAACGAUGAGAAACCAACUGAAGAAACUGAAAAGGAAAAAUCUAAUGAACAAGAGGAGCCGACUAAACAAGAACAAUUUGUUUAG